AAAAUCCCAAAAUCCAAUUUCCAAAUAAAUACUGUACAUUCUUCCAAGUUCCAAGAACCAAACUUUCGAUCACCUUCUCUUUCACUCCCUCACUCUUCCCUUUAAACUCAAAACCCCAAAAGCUCUCUUUUCUUUCAACACCAUUUCCUUCCUAUCGAUGACUAUGAAUCUGAAAGCUUUGCUUUAGUGCCAUGCCUCUCAGUUAGAAACAAUAUAUCUUUCUUACAUUAUAAUUAUGCUUGAUACUGAAUUUCAUCUACGUAUCCCAGUCCAUGGCCACUAUUUCCUCGUUCUCCCCUCCCAUUCCACUCCCAAAUACUAGUUCAAAGUUUCAGUCUCCAAUGCUUCAACCUUAUUUAGAGCAACUAGAAGCACAACAACUUCAGCUGCAGCCAGCUGUUGUUAAACAGGUAAAUGAUGAGCCUCUUCAUGGUUCGUCUAUCCAAAACCCUGAAUCGGGUGUUAGUUCUAAUCAUGCUUCUGUCAAACAUUCGGUAACUGCAUACCAUGUUUCAUUCAAUCAAGACUAUGGCUGUUUUGCUAUCGGCACUGAUCGCGGUUUUGGAGUAUUUAACUGUGUCCCUUUCUGUGAGUCUUUUUGUCGAUACUUUGAAAAUAUAGGUGGUAUUGGAAUUAUUGAAAUGUUCUUUCGCACCAAUAUAUUAGCCUUUGUUGGACGUGGAGAUCAUCCGCAAUAUCCCCAAAACAAGGUCAUGAUUUGGGAUGAUCACCAAAGCCGUUGCAUCAGUGAGCUCUGUUUCCGGUCGGAGGUGCGCAGCAUCAGGCUUCGACAGGACUGCAUCGUGGUAGUUCUUGAGCAGAAGAUAUUUGUCUACAAUUUUUCUAAUCUGAAGUUGUUGUUUCAAAUUGAAACAACAACAAACCCAAAGGGCCUCUGUGAGGUUUCACAAACUGCUGGUCCACUCGUAUUGGUGUGCCCUGGUCUGCAAAAGGGUCAAGUUCGGAUCAAACAUUAUGCAUCAAAAAGAACGAAAUAUAUUGUAGCACAUGACUCAGUGCUUGCAUGUUUUGCUCUUACUAGGGAAGGCAACCUGCUGGCAACAACAAGCACCAAGGGUACACUAAUCCGGAUUUUCAACACUCUAGAAGGUACAUUGUUGCAGGAGGUAAGAAGGGGUUUGGAUAGAGCAGAAAUAUACAGUGUUUCAUUCUCUCCAACUGCUCAGUGGCUAGCUGUCUGCAGCGACAAAGGCACUGUUCAUGUUUUCAGCCUCAAGCUCAAUCUAAUGAACUUGAGUACUAACAAGUCAAAUAGUUCUCCCGACUCCCAUGUUCCUGUGGCGGCAUCUAGUUCAUUCUCCUUCAUCAGAGGAGUGCUUCCAAAGUAUUUUAACUCAGAAUGGUCUGUGGCUCAAUUCCGGCUGCCAGGAGUUUCUAAAUACAUUGUUACAUUCGGUAACGAAAAGAAUACACUGAUAAUUCUCGGCUGGGACGGAAGCUUCAUUAGAUGCAAGUUUGAUCCAGCAUCCGGCAAAGAGAUGACUCAGUUGGAAUAUCACAACUUUCUGAAGCCUGAAGAGCCUUGUAAUGGGAAGUAUGGAUGACAUUCGCGCCCAAGAAGGAUAUUAAAUCUUCCCUUACUUUGCCCUUCUUUUGCACAUAGUAGGUAGAUGGCGUUUUAAGGUACCUCAUAUAUAUAGCUUGACAUAACAUAGCAAGUUACAUACAGCCAACAGUUUUCAACCCCUUAAUGUAAAAAAUGAAACAUAUGAUUUUGUGGUUGUAAAUUGAAAAUGUAUAUUCAGAGUUCAGAACAACAAGCAGUUCCUAGCAGUAAAAGAUGCAUGAGUUUUCCCUCUCA